UCUGGCGACAUCGGUACCCUCGGUUAGGAAUGUUUCGGCGAAGCAGAACGUGAGACCGUAAUUGGGACCUUCCAUUAUUUCAGUUCAUGUCGACGGCUGAAGGAUGCCUCCCUUUCAACCAUCAAGACGAAGAGUACCAGACAUGGCACAAAGUUGUCGGUAACCUCGAUAACCAUGCGCGCACACCCUUCUUGGUUGUGGCGCAUGGUGGUCCAGCUCGGUCUUGUUUAGCACUUGUCGAAAUGCUUGUCACACCGAUAACUACUUCAGGUCUAUCCCACGACUACCUCCCACCCCUCUCGGACCUCACCACAAAAUUCUCAAUCCUAGUCAACCUCUACGACCAAAUCGGAAACACUCGUUCGACACAUCUCCAGUCAAAGCCGCCGUUGUUCUGGACUGUCGAUCUCUUCAUCGAUGAACUGGUCAACCUUCUCGAGCACUUCCACAUCCAAGCUGGCUUCGAUUUCCUCAGUUAUUCGUGGGGUGGGAUACUCGGUCUAAAGUUCGAAGUGCGCCGGCAGCCCGAUGAGUUGCGCCACUUGGUAUUGGCCAACUCUUUGGCAGAUAUGGAGAUGUGGGAUGCGUCGACUGGGGAGCUCAGCAAGGCCUUCCCGGAUGAUGUACAGAAGGGAUUGGCUGUUGGCGUGGCAGAUAUGGAAGCGUACGGCAAUGCGCUCAAGGCUUUCCACAAGAAGCACGGAUGUCUCGUCGAUCCGUGGCCGGAGGAGCUGGUAUACUCGAUGGAUCAAUCGAUCAGUCCAUCGGCAGCUGUCUCUGUUGCUGUGGGGAUGUUUACUGGAGAGCUGCGUACAUGGACUAUUGUCGAUCGUCUUGACCGUGUUCGUGUUCCGACUUUUGUGAUCAACGGACGAGCGGAUAUAGCUCAGGACUUUGUCGUCGAGCCUCUAUUUAGAGGGAUUCAUCAGGCCAAGUGGGUAACGAUGGAGAAAUCGAGUCAUACUCCCAUGUGGGAGGAGCGGGAGAGGUAUAUGGAUCUGGUUAAUGGAUUCUUGUCUUCGUGACCCAUUUAUAUAUCAGCUUUCGUUUCCGCAAAAAUGGUUCCUCCCAAGUGACCGAUACAGAUACUGGAAUUGGAUGAUAUGAUUCCCUCUCCGAAUGGAUGCCUAGUUGCAAAAUAUCAACAUCAACAGUGAUGCGGAAUUUAGGGAGCGUUGAGUGAUGACUAUCUUCGAGAUGGCUGAAUACCUUGUUUAUGAAGUGCGAGAUCUCUCCUUCGACCGG